CCAACGACCGACUCCCUUGUUAACAAUGGAUUCCUCUCAGCAAUCUCUCUUUACCUGCAUAUCAUGUUCCAUUGCAUUCCUCUCUGCAGAGGAACAGAGGAUGCAUUACAGGUCGGAUCACCACAGAUACAACAUGAAGCGCCGUGUUGCCUCCUUGCCUCCUGUCAGUGCUGCAGUCUUCAAUGAAAAAGUGCUGGAGCGAAGGGUUGAGACUGCUGUGAUGUCGUCUCCGAAUGGGUCCAGUUGCGAUGUUUGCAACAAAACGUAUUCCACUGAGAAUGCUUAUCGAUCCCACUUGAAUUCUAAACGACACAAGGACAAUGAGCUACGAAAUGUUACCAAAGGAUCCCCAAGGCAGGACGCUCCUACAAAGCAAGACAUCCCGAAACCUGUACCAGUAUCCUCAGCUCCAAAAUCACUGACUAUUGAUGAGGCUGCCUCGGAUGAUGAAAUUAAUCAAACCAUCGAUGAAAAAAUUGCCGCCGCUCGUUCACGGAUAUCGCGAACUCAGUGUCUAUUCUGCCCAGAGGAGACAGAUUCGCUGGAGAAUAAUCUCACCCACAUGUCCUCCGCACACUCGUUCUUUAUCCCAGAUGCAGAGUAUCUGGUUGAUCUGCCAGGUUUAAUCGACUAUCUCGGGGAGAAGAUAGCCAUUGGAAACGUUUGUAUCCACUGUAAUGGCAAAGGUCGGGAGUUCCGUACUCUUGACGCGGUCCGAAAACACAUGCAGGAUAAAGCUCAUUGCAAAAUUGCAUACGACAUCGAAGCGGAUCGGCUCGAGCUCUCCGAUUACUAUGACUUCACUAGCUCCUAUGAUGAUGCAGCAGGCAAGGAGGAUGAUGGCGAAUGGGAAGAUGUUGAGGGUGAUGACACUCAAGAUGCAGAUGAAGUUGUCGAAGACACAGAGUCAGAAAGCGGGAGCGCAGAUGAUCUGACCGACAAUCAGCUCGCCUACGGAGACUCUCACUACGAACUCGUUCUGCCCUCAGGCGCACGUAUAGGGCAUCGUAGUAUGCGUCGUUACUACGCCCAAUCCUUUGCGACUCUUUCGAGGCGUAAGGACGAGGAUCCGAAUUCCGGCAAGGCUCUCGUGCGACAAUUACUCGCGGACAAGCAUUCUGCGCUGGUUCCACGAAAGGGUGGGUUCGGAGCAUACGGCAGCGGUACAGACGUGGUGAAAGCGAGAAAUCGUGGCGAGGCCCGUGAAGCUGGGAGACAUGUUCGAGAAUUUAGAGACCAGAAGCGGCGCGAGGAUUUCAAGACCAAAGUCGGGUUCAUCGGCAACCACCAGAAACACUAUAGAGACCCAUUGCUUCAAGUGAUGAUCAGUGAUUGCCGACAUUGUUGUCGAUAUCUUUUGCAUCUCAGUAGACACAUUGCUAAUAUGCUCGUACAACCAUCAUGUAUCAAUAUUUCCAGGCGAUCUUCUGCAAGACGAGGCACAGAUGGUAAUAGAGUGUAACUGAGUUUACCGUCGUUCUUCCUAGUACCAAUGAGCGUAUGUUGAGAUUUUGGGAGGUGAAGGCCUGACGUUCGAAUUCUGAUUGCUUUGAUUGACAC